AGUAAAACGUAAUGGCCGAGUCAACAAUCGUGGAGCCUGAAAAGGAACCAUUUCGUUGUCCGAUAUGUCUCGAGAGAUUAAACAUCCCGCGAUACUUGCCAUGUCUACACACUUUUUGUGAGGUUUGUAUUCAGACGUUUAUAUCAAGUUCGACAACCCGAGACAAAGAAGAUGAUUUGAAUGUCAUUAACUGCCCAGUGUGUAGACAACAAGUUAAGGAACCAGAAAAGGAUAUUUCAAGCGAAGAUUGGGCGAAAAUCCUUCCGCUAAAUAAAUGGGCAUGGACGAUGACAUUUAAUCCCAAAAAGCUUCCCAUAAAACAUUGUAUGUUUUGCAAACGGGAAGAGUUAACUGUCUUGGCCAAACAUUGGUGUAAAUCGUGUGCAGAACCUCUCUGUGAAGACUGUAAACGUUUCCAUACACGGGUCCCUAUUCUUCAGGGUCACAAAAUAGUCGAGAUGGGCCAAAUGGAAAAAUGGUGUGAAGCCGUCGAUAUAGAAGAGACCUGUGACAUUCACAGAGGGAAAACCGUCGACAUCUUUUGCAAAGACCACAACGAACUAUGUUGUGGUGUGUGCUUUGCAAACCGUCAUAAAAGAUGUGCUAAUUUUGAUUCCAUCGAUGCAUUAGUGAUGAGUCUUGACAAAGACCAAAUUAAAGACAAACUUAAAUUAUUAUCCAGCCUUCAUGAUUGUAUUACCGUGCUGCAGGAGGAAAAUAAGAGACAGAUUGCUGUUCUCUGUACUUCAAAGGAGGACAUUUGCUCUUCAUUCGCAAACAAAAUUGAAGAAGCUAAAAUGUAUUUAGACCAGGCUCAUGAACAAUGGCUUAAACGUUUCGAGGUAGAACAUGCUUACCAAACAGACCAAAUUGAGGUAGUGUUGGAUGAACUGAAGCGAUUUGAUAUCACGGUCACUGAAGCGAGGUCCAUGCUUUCCUCGGUUCUUGACAACGGUUCUGACAAACAGAUUUUUAAAAUUCAAUCGAAAGUUAACGGUCAAAUUCUUAGUCACUUCAACCGUUUGAAGUCUUUGGAUAUAUGGGACCUGACUGAAUCUUAUGGUUUUGACACAAAUCAACUUGAUAAUAUAACAGAUUCCAUGAAAUUUGAAGAUGUGAUUCUUUCAAAGAGGCCAAGCGAUGCUCCAAAGAGAAUUUCUGUUCAGGGGAAAUCUCUUUUCUUGGGUUUGCCAACUUCUAAGCCAUGGCUAGAAUAUCUGGAUCUAAUGUCUUCAACAUUUCAUGAAACAUCCAGCUCAAAAAUAAAAGGUUUGGAGUAUUUUGCAUUAUAUAUAGAUGACGUAAAUGUUGUCAUUUCGGAUGAAAAUGCAUUGAAGGUGUACAAUACCUGUACUGAAAAAUUGAUAAACACACACCAUUGUGACAGUAAACCAUUUGACAUUUGUCAUGCAUAUAGUAUGAACAGAAUAUAUGUAGCAUUUGGGACUUUUGUUGUCCUGUAUGAAAUAAACAAUCAGGGUAUGGAAUUUAUUGAACUUGAGAAGAUUCAAGUAGAAGGAGUCGUGCAGGGAAUAGCAAGGACUAUAGACGGGUUCUUUACCGCCAACGAAUCAUCAGUCUCAUUUCGAUGUAGUGAUUUCACAAUAAAGUUUUACCUUCCAUAUGUCAAACCAGGAGCCAGACCUUUUAUUUGUUCGUCAUUUUUUGGUAGAAAAGUAGCAUAUACCACAGAUCGCGAAGUCAUAGUCAUGGACACCAAGGGAAACAAGCUGUCGGAGUAUUCUUGUUCCGGUAUUUAUCCAACUGGUCUGUCUUUUGAUUCUAAUGACAAUAUCAUUGUUUGUUCAUAUAGUAGUCUGCCAAAGCAAAUCAAAUUUGAUGGAACAUCAAGGCGAAGUCUGGAAAUUGGUAAUGGUCAAGGUUAUUUUCCUAGGAACAUUAUAUUUCAUCCAGAAGGUCACAAAUUUAUAACAAUUAGUGUGCGGACAAGUCUUUUAUUUCUGUCUGAUCUAAUACAAGAAUUUGAAAUAGAGAAAUAAACAUAAUUUUCAUACAUGUAGAUGCGCAUCGCAGAACCUAUACCCGGUAGUUACAUGUGGUGUUUUUGUUUGACAUUCUUCGCGGGGCUAAUGGCCCAAUACGUUUACUGCAACGAUAUAAAAAAAUUUAACCCCAUUUUGGUUUUAUUGUGUUUAUUGGUCUUUAUUGAUUGAUUUUAUUAGUAUUACUUGAUGUCCUUUAACUCUCUGUUAGUUGUCAACUUUUAAAUCAGAAUACUGUGACUUGAUACAUGUGUCAUACUAUCCAAAUUGGUGUUUAUGCCAUGCAAUCCAUUUCUCUUUGAGUUUGCCAAUAAUGCAUAAUUAUGCGUGUAACAUUCAACAACUAUCCUACAGUUACAAACUUGAAUUGUAGCAUGUUAAAUUGUACUUUUUUCAAAAUAGCUUAUAUUAGUUAUCCGUCGUUCACUCCAUAUCCGUGCAUGUGUAUAACAAAAGAUACAUUUUGUAAGUCGAUCAUUUUUAAAUAAAGGCUCGAUAUUACAUAUAGUAGUUCUUAUUCUCCAAUUACUAAUUGUAUGAUUCAUGCACCUACUGCCACCUAGUGAUUAUUUUCUUCAUUACUGUCAUGGUCAUACCGCUAUUCAGACAAAACAUCUGAGGCGUGUUCAGCCGGGCGGGUGCUGGCGUGCGCUCGCUAAAACUUGAGUUGCAUGGAUAAGGAAUUUUGGCGAGCGCUCGCGAGCACUCUUAUGCUUAACAUAGAUUAAGGUUCUACAAUGUAUUAGGGAAAAAAAGAAUUGACCUUUAAGGCAAACGGAUUUCCCCGAAAAAUUACUCUUGAAAAUCAAAGAUUUUUUUUUUUACAUUUUCUAUCGUACCUAUAUAUUUUUAAAAUUUUCAAAUCUGCAUUUUGAACCUAUCAUAUUGCUUCAGUAUAGAUUAAGUUGUCCACGUAUUCCUUGAACAUUCUAAAAUUCCAUCACAUGCAUUUUUUUUUUUUUUGCAGUUUUUCGCGUUUAUUUUGUGACAAAGGUAAUUUCUGUGCUUUUCUUGUACCUAUAAUAAAUUUGCUAAAAAAAUACUAAGUCUUGCAUUGUUGAACUGUGUGUUAUUUGAAACUUUGGUUAUUUAACAUUAUAACAUAGUAAGCUACAAUUAAUCAAUAAGU